CAUCUCCCUCCCUCUCCUGUCCACCCGCUACUUCAUAUACCGCCUCGUUCCCUCUUGCACCCUCCCUUCGCCCUCUAGGUAGCCUCGAUAGCUGUACUUACGACUGAAUACAAGAUCUUGCCAACCCUCCCCGCCCCGCGCAAAUCUCCGCGAGAAAGAGUCGGGAAAGAAAGGACAGGUGCCCCUCCUUUGUUGGCAACCUGGAAAAAGAAUCGCCGACGCCUCUUGCUUUUCUGCUUUGAUAGCCGGCGACUUACACCUCUCACCUGACGUGGACGCUUGCCUCGACGAGAAGCUAUACGAGUUGUAUCGACGAGGAAAGAGAACACGGAAAGCUGAGAGUGGGAGAAGCUGCUCGUCAACUGUUGCGCUUUCCUAUCUUCCUUAUAUAGCUUGCUCUGCUCCCCAAGGACUUGGACUGGAAUACCCUGGACCUCGUGACCGGGUCAGGAGCAAUUGGGCCAUCUGCAGGACACUUGAUUGUUGGUUCGAUGCUGGGAGUGGUUGUUCACUACUGCGACAGUUGCGGCUACAGCACCCCUGUCGAGUACUCCGCGUCGGUCUGGAUACAAGAGCAUACUUGCAAUCACUGCGGCAGCAAAACCUUGGGCGCCAGAGUUUCGGGAGAGAGUAAGACCACCAUGAACACUUUCCAGCACGAUGAGCUCUCGCAGCUCUUUGCCAAGCUUUCGACGGAGCAGCAGCAGAAGGUCAUUGCCGAGCCGCAAUACGAAGGACAGGCUCGAGCAAUUGUCGAGCAGAUACAAAUGGUUCCCGAGAAGAUCGAUGCACCCCUCACCUUUGCUUCUGCACAUUACACCCACUCUACGCAUCUCACAACAGAUACGCAGUCCGAGCCCGCUCGAUCUCCCCCGCCACCAUAUCGAGAGUCGAUAAUGCCUGCGGGCAUGGCUGAGAUGCUCCUUCAGCAUAGCAUUGAACCAACUUCAUUGCUUCCUAAUCAGAUUGAGCUUUUUGCGGGCGCAGACAAUGAGCAGAGGCUUCGUCUGCUUGAGCUUUGGAGGAUCGCACCGCCAAGCUACACGCUUGAGCAGCACUUUCAGGCGCAGCACGAGGCGACGAGCGUUGAGAAGGAAGAGGCAGAAGCCAGGGCAAGGUAUGAGCAGCAAAUGCAAUCCCGAAUCUUACCGCGUGAGGAUCACGAUUUCGAUACGUACGUCUCGGAGCCCGUCAGCCCACCUGCUGUCCGUGCCCGGGCUGCGAGUAUUGCGAGCGGAGCUGCGUACCUUGCCAAAGGCGAGGCAGAGCCGUACAUGAGCAACGGCUAUCAGCAGAUGCACUCGGACCCUGUGUAUGCUGCAGGACUGUGGCAAGCGCCUAGUUAUGCCCAGGCGCAGCACCAGCAGGCGAUGGAGGAUCAGUACGGCAUGUACGAGCAGAUCAGGUGUCACGCAGACUGGGAGAGGAUGAAUCAGCGAGCGAUGGAUGCGCAGCUCGGACAGGACGACGAUAUGGUGAUGUAAAUGCAGCAAAGUUAGAUACCAUCGUGUUUUGCUUCUUCUUUUGAAUGAAGGAUUUUGUUUUUGUGGCCGAAAUCAGGUACUUUCACGAAAUGAUAUUGAAAGCACGGAAGUUGCAUGAACUGAUCUGACUUGAAGGGUAGAGCUGUCCACGAGAGAUGGUAAUGGCUCCCGUGACACACUUUCGCACAUCUCUGUCUUGAGGCCAGACCAAGAAGCAGAGACCUCCUCAUUCAAGCAAGAUCAAUCGUACUUGCAG